CGAUCUCGCGGUCCUCUCCGAGUUCAUGUCGCGGGGCGACGUAAGCACGCUCCUCAAGAAGGACGUCAAGAAAUCUGAGGGCCACCGCCUUCUCCACUGGAACUCGGGCUGUAGCCGCGAGUGCUCGACAACCAAGGGCGCGAUUGCAGCCGACAUUGCCGACGCGCUCGUGUACCUCCAUUCGUUCCAGCCGACCAUCAUCCACCGCGAUCUCAAGUCCAAGAACGUGCUUCUCGGCGACGACUGGACCGCCAAGCUCAGCGACUUUGGCAUCUCGCGCGUCACGACGGUCGAGGAGUCGAUGACGUCAAACAUUGGCACGGUCGCGUGGAUCGCGCCCGAGGUCUUGACGGGCGGCCGCUACACGGAGAAGGCCGACAUUUACAGCUUCGGCGUGCUCCUCUCGGAGCUCGACACGUGCGAAGUGCCGUAUUCCAACAUGUCGGGCAAGUCCAAAGACGCUCAGUUCUCGAACGCGCGUAUCGCCAUGAUGGUGAGCGAAGGCACGCUUCGCCCUGCGUUCAGCGACCGCAUCCCCGAGGCGAUCCACGAUCUCGCGCAGGAGUGCUUGGCGUUCGACCCGGCCGAGCGCCCCGCGGCCAUGACGCUUUCGUACAAGAUCCACACGAUUGUCAAGAACCUUUAAUCGCGCUUUUAACAGCGAUGCCAAGUCUGUGUACAGU